AUGGAGGUAAGGAAGAAACUGAUUAAUUCUGCUGAGGACUGCGUUGAUGAGGCUCUUUGCGGCCUGGUCAGGGCUUCCGGCGGUUUAUCUCUGCUGAGGGGUCACCGGGUCGUGCUGCGAUCAGACCUGGACCAAUUGAAGGGGAAAGUGGCGUUGGUAUCAGGAGGCGGGUCGGGUCACGAGCCCGCACAUGGGGGUUACGUGGGUGCCGGUAUGCUGUCAGCGGCAGUAGCAGGGGCCGUCUUUGCAUCUCCGCCUCCUGCCAGCAUCUUGGCUGCCAUUCUGUGCCUGCACAAUGCAGGUGCCUCUGGGGUCCUCCUCAUCGUUACGAACUACACGGGAGACCGCCUCAACUUUGGAUUGGCCGCAGAGCAGGCACGCAACCACGGCGUGGAUGUCGACAUGGUGGUCGUGGCUGACGACUGCGCUUUUACCUGUCCGAGUAAAGCCGGGAAGAGGGGCUUGUGUGGCACUAUUCUGAUUCACAAGUUGGCAGGUGCCUUAGCAGAAGAAGACUGCCCAUUGGUUGAGAUUGUUGCCAGGGUGACGGCGGUUUUACAGGGGCUAGGUACACUUGGGGUCAGCCUGUCUCCUUGUAGCGUUCCCGGCUGCCAGCCGUCUUUUGAGCUUCCUCCUGGACACAUGGAACUUGGGCUGGGAAUCCAUGGGGAGCCUGGGGUGAAAAGAUCUAAGGUAGCUUCUGCAGAUGAGGUGGUUUCAACUAUGAUAGAUCACAUGACCAGUGCAGAGAGUCAGUCGCGCUUACACCUGAGCAAAGGCGACGAAUUGGUCGUCUGCGUGAACAAUCUCGGAGCGCUGUCACGUCUAGAGAUGGCCGUGGUGACUCGGGCCGCCAUCGUUUGUCUGGAAAAUCGUGGGAUGUUGAUCGCCAGGGUGAUUUCAGGGUCCUUUAUGACAUCACUGGAGAUGGCAGGAAUGUCGCUGACCUUGAUGAAGGCCAAUCCAGAAAUACUUAGACUCUUUGAUGCCAAGACCGGCGCCCCCGCCUGGCCCAACAUCAGCGGCGUGCAUGUCAGUGGACGCAGCUACCUCACGGACCCUACCACAGUGCCUGUGAGAGCUCCUGAAGGCAUGCUGGUCGAAGGACCACAUAGUCCUGUGAUGCGGAAGACUCUGGAGCGGGUGUGUUCUACGCUGAUGGAACGCCAAGAGGAGCUCAACGCGUUGGACCGUGCUUCCGGGGAUGGCGACUGUGGAAACACUCACGCGCAGGCGGCCAAAGCCAUUCAGGUGUGGCUCCAGGGUCACGUGGUUCCUGGUUGCCCAGGGCAACUGUUGUCUGUCCUCGCUGCAUUGGUGGAAGAGAAGAUGGGUGGUUCCUCAGGAGCAUUGUACAGUUUGUUCCUCACGGCGGCCAGCGGUCACAUGACUGAGGGGCGGAGCAACGCUGCCGCAUGGGCCAACGCGAUGCAUGCUGGGUUGCAGGCUAUGAGAAGAUAUGGCGGCGCCGAUCUUGGCGAUAGAACCAUGAUAGAUGCUCUGGAACCCGCCGUUGACAAGCUAAUGAAACUGAACGACGCACCCCCUGGCGGAGAGAUUGCCGUACUGAAAGCGGCGGUGCAGAGAGCAGUUUCGGGCGCAGAAUCGACUCGCAACCUCGCUCGGGCUAAGGCUGGCCGAGCUAGCUACAUCGCAAGCGAACGCCUCACCCUGCCUGACCCGGGCGCUAAGGCUAUCGUCGCCAUUUUAAGCGCCGUUUUGAAGGCCCUCGAAGAGCAACAGGGGGCUCAAAAGGGCCACCUCUCAACAUUUUUUGCAAAGGUUCUCCGCAACAGCAAGAGCUGCACUAAGUCUGUUGAUCCAAAUCAGGUAGAAAGUUCCUGGUUCUCCCAACUCAACCAGUUCGGCCACAUUGAGCCGGGAAGACGACACUCAAGCGUCGAAAAGAACGACUCGGACUCUGUGGACGGAGGAGACGACCCUUUGAAAAUAAGGUAA